GAGAGAGAGUGAGAGAGAGGGGUGGGGGGACGCACACACGCACGCUCACACGCACGCUGUCGAGGUAUAGGAGAGCCUGGCGUUUGUUAAACACACCUCCGACCCCGGACCCCGGACCGGGACAGGCGACGCUCGACUCGGCCCCGUUCAACUUCGGACCCGGGGUCGCCUCUCGCGUUCGGCGGAGCGAGCUGAGCCGACAGACGCCUCCUGCGAGAAGUAGCGAAGUAACGCGGCGUAUAUGAAGCUCGGCGGCGUGGGGGGGACUCGGACGCGACCGGGCUGCCCUGCGGGCUGCGGGCUGCGCGGCGUCGGUUCCGCCGCACGUCUGGGGAAGAAAGCCGUUUGAGAAGCGCUCUUCGGGAGGAGACAUGAGCGGCCUCGCUUCCGCGCCAGAAGAGACCCGCUCGGCCCCUCGCUUGUGGAUUUCUCGGGGCGCGCAGUGAAGCCUCUCGGCUGGACCGUCGGCAGAAGGUUGGAGGCUGGUAAAACGCAUGCGGCCACGUCUGUUCCCACUUUAACGGCUUGGCUGGGUGGUUUUUUUUUUGGAGACGUGGUUUUUGGGGGUCCCCCCCCCCAACACACACACUUGACGGGAACCCUUUUUGGAGACGCUGCUGGAUCUACCGCGACGCGCGCUACGUUUCUUAACAAAUGACAUCUUCGCAGCGGCUCGCCUCUCUCUCGCUUCGUCGCCUCUCCUCCUCCUCCUCCCCGCCGCCGUCGCUCCGACUCGCCGAGCCCCUCCGUCGCCCCGCGGCGCCCGACGAGGCGCUGAGAGCCGCGCCGCUCGCGUCGCGUCCGUGCGUCCGUCGCGCGUGCGGCUGCAGGGGCGCCCCCCCACCACCACCACCACCCCCCCACCCCCGGUGCGGGAUGUGGGGCGGAGGUUCCCCGACCACGUCCGUCGCCGUGAUCGUGACUCUCCUCUUGGCCGUUGUCGACGUGGAAGCCAGCGGGGAGUACUGCCACGGCUGGCGUGACCCGCAGGGCGCCUGGAAGGAGGGCUUCCAGUGCCCCGAGAAGAUCGACGGCGAGGACGCCAUCAUCUGCUGCGGGAAGUGCGAGCUGCGCUACUGCUGCUCCAGCACGGACGCGCGGCUGGACCAGGGGACCUGCGACAACGACAAGCAGGAGCAGGAGCCCGGGACGGACGGCAAGGACGGCCAGGAGACCGGUGCAGUGCCCAUCUACGUGCCCUUCCUGAUCGUCGGCUCGGUGUUCGUGGCCUUCAUCUUGGUGGGUUCGGUGGUAGCCGUGUGCUGCUGCCACUGCCUCCGCCCGAAGCAGGAGCUGUCGUCGGCGGGCGGCACGGGAGGCGGGGCCGGCGGGGGCCGUCUCCUGGAGACCAUCCCCAUGAUGGCCAGCGUGGGCACGUCCAGAGGGUCGUCCUCCCGCCAGUCAAGCACAGCCACCUCCUCCAGCUCCUCCGCCCCGGCCGCCGCCGCCGCCGCCGCGGCCGCCGCCGCCGCCGCCAACCGGCCCGGCCCUCCGCCCAUCCUGCGCGCCCAGGCCUCCUGCUGCCUUCCUCCCGACGCCAGCGUCUUCGUCAACAUGCCCACCAACUUCUCCGUGCUCAACUGCCAGCAGGCCACGCAGAUCAUGCCGCACCAGGGGCAGUUCCUGCACCCGCAGUACAUUGGCUACGCCCACCCCGUCUCCCCCACCCCCACCUUCCUGGACCCCACGCAGGGGAACUACAGACCCAUCCAGUCCCCGUUCCCCGCUCCCACCAGCGUGGCCAGCACCACCAGCGAGCAGAAAUACCCCCCGGUGACAGUAUGAGAGCGGGACCACCCUCCGGAUCUCUUCGCCGCCGUCUCGUGGAGGUCGCCUUCUGAAAGUGCGUCCUCCGAGCGCUGUGCCAAGAGGGACCUUGUGUGGACAUUGC